AUCUAGAAGAUCUAGACUCUAUAUUCUAUUCCUUGUUUGACACAUUUGUUCUAGACUAUGCUAUCUCGAUUAUGAUUAUUUUAUGUAGAUCUAGAUCUAACUACUGAAGGAUAAUCUAAUAAUAUCUCAUUAUCUAGACCUAGAUCUAGACUAAAUGGACCCAAGUCAACGCACUCUACUCACUUUACCGUGUUCAGUUUGUUUACCUGUAAAAUAAAAUCAUUUUUAAAAUGGCAUGAUAAGAUAAGAUGGAAAAUAGUUUAUGAAGUUUUAGAACACACCUAUUAAAAAUUGAUGUCAUAAGUCGAUAUAACUUCAUUUAUGUGUCUGAUGGUUUAAAGAUAAAUAAUGUUUUAUAUAAGAAAAAUGCCAAAAUGCAAGUACAGCCUCACUCCAUAAAAGAGUUCCGUAUCGUUCUUCCAAUGACAGUAGAUGAGUAUCAGGUUGGUCAGCUGUGGUCUAUCGCAGAAAGCAGUAAAAAUGAAACCGGUGGUGGAGAUGGUGUAGAGGUGAUAAUUAAUGAACCAUUUAAUGACAUUAAUUAUGUGCCUAGUCCAAAGAUGAAAGCCAAUGGAAAGUAUUUUCUCUCUGGUCAAUUUACGCACAAAAUCUACCACUUAGCUCAAAAAGCCCCAUCUUUUGUCAAAGUCUUAGCACCAAAGGGUUCCAUGAAAAUUCAUGAACUGUCCUGGAAUGCAUACCCAUACAGUCGUACAAUUCUUACGAAUCCAGAUUAUAUGAAGGAAGCAUUUUACAUAAUAAUUGAGUCGUUCCAUGCAGCAGAUACAGGAGAACUUGAAAAUGUUCAUGGUUUAGAAGGUAGAGAUUUAGAACAAAGACAUGUGGUAAUGAUUGACAUUGCAAAUGACCCAGUGGAUCAUGCGGAUUAUCAUCCUGAAUGGGAUCCAUGUUUGGUAGGCUCAAUCAAAGCGAAUAGACCACCACUUCCACAUGACAACACUGGAGAAUGGAUGAAAACAGUUUCCCCUGUCAUGUGCUGCUAUAAAGUUGUCAAAGUUUGGUUCAAAUGGUUUGGACUUCAGAAGAGAAUGGAAUCUUUUAUUCUCUCACAAGAAAGACGUCUGUUUCUAGCUUUCCAUCGUCAAGUCGUCUGCUGGCAAGAUCAUUAUCAUGGAAUGUCAUUAAUUGAUAUUAGGAAGCUGGAAAAUGAAGUUACAAUGGAGUUAGAAAAGCAAAUAAAAGAAGGACCUGUUCGAGGCAGAGCAAUACAUGAGCUACAGGGAUGAUGAAAUCAAGUCAUGGAAAUCAUCCUAACACCGUCAUCAAGACUUUGUGAAGAACUACUUCUCCAUAAUAUUUUACUUCUGUUGUUUUUUUUUUAAAUUUAAUUAAUUAGAAGUUUUUAAUUGCAUAAAAUUAAAUGUUGAACUUGUUUAAGCCACAAAAAUAAAUUUUUAAGGCAAUCAUUUUAACCAAUGCUUCAAACUUAAAAUGUUUAGACCUUUAAAAUUUAGGUUGAUUUCUUAGCACUAAAUUAGGAUUAAUUUUCAAAAUCAAAAUUAAAGUGAUUUAUAUGUUAAUAAUAAUAUGUAGCUGCUAUAUUUAAAAAAAUCUAAGCACUUUCAUAAUAACUCAAAUUCUGUUAAGUAAAAAAUAAUAAUUAAAAGCAGUAUUAUCAAUUCAUAUUUUUAAACUGAACCUACAUUAAUUAGUGCAAUACUGAAAUAGACUACUAUAUUACCACAAGGUUAUAUUUACUUUAUUAAGCUCAAUUUAGAUAAUAAUAAAUAUAGCCUGCAUAGCUAAAAUAAUAGGAAACCAUAAUUGAACUGACAUUCUCAAAAGAAAGUAGCCUUUGGAUGUAGUGAUUUUUUAUUUUAUCAAAUUUCAUACUGUACUUUUCUAUUCUUUUUUUUUUUUAAUAAAUUGCAUAAAUUCAUUUUUUUCUUGACAUAAAAGAUAAAUUUUGUUCAUAGUGUAUUUAUUUUUUUAGAAAAAAGUGCUAAAAUUUUGUCCCUUCAAUUUGUCAUUCUACUUGUGUUUUCUAUAAACUGUUAGUAUUUAAAAUAAACAUGGCUUUAUAAAAGCA